AUGGAUGACAUGUCAGUCAACAAAGAGCUGGACAUGUGGAUUGAACAGCUUUACGAGUGCAGGCAGCUCAAGGAAAAUCAAGUCCAAGAACUAUGUGAAAGGGCAAAGGAGAUCUUGCGAAAGGAGUCCAACGUGCUGGAGUUGAGCUGUCCCGUGACAGUUUGUGGAGAUGUUCACGGUCAGUUUUAUGACCUGAUGGAGCUUUUUAAGAUAGGUGGGAAGCCCCCAGACACCAAUUACCUCUUCAUGGGAGACUAUGUGGAUAGAGGCUAUUAUUCAGUGGAGACAGUGACACUCCUUGUUUGUCUAAAGGUCAGGUUUCGGGAAAGAAUCACCAUUCUGAGAGGGAACCAUGAGACGAGACAGCUCACACACGUGUACGGCUUCUACGACGAGUGUUUGAUGAAAUAUGGAAACAGCAACGUUUGGAAGUACUUUACUGACCUUUUCGAUUAUCUGCCCUUGACUGCUCUGGUAGAUAACCAGAUUCUAUGUCUCCAUGGAGGAUUGUCUCCUUCAAUAGUCACGCUGGAAAACAUCAGAGCGAUAGAUCGCUUGCAGGAAGUUCCGCAUGAGGGUCCAAUGUGUGAUUUGUUAUGGUCUGAUCCAGACGAUCACUAUGGAUGGGACAUUUCUCUCCGUGGAGCUGGUUACACCUUUGGGCAGGACAUCUCAGAGACUUUUAACCACGCGAACAGUCUUACUUUGAUUUCACGAGCUCACCAGCUGGAGAUGGAGGGCUUCAGCUGGUGUCAUGACAAAAAUGUCGUGACGAUCUUCAGCGCACCAAACUAUUGCUAUCGAUGUGGGAACAAGGCAGCGAUCAUGGAACUUGAGGACACGCUGAAAUGCUCCUUCCAACAGUUUGACCCUGCUCCCCGCAAACAAAAGCCCCAUUUUUCCUGGCCAUCUCCAGACUACCUCCUCUGA